AUGAACCCAAAUCCCACACGACCCCAAGCCCGUUUUUUGCGACUGCUGCCCACGCGACACCCGGCACACCACCCCGACUCCCUCCCCGGCAUCUGGCUCGGCCCCGGCAUCGCAAUCGCCAGACGUCCAUCGCCAUCGCUCUGUCGCUUUUUCCCUGUCCCUCCGCGACCGGCCCAGGCGCGCGCGCCCGCUCUCACCACCCCAGGAAUUUGUGGCGCUUCAGGCUGGGUGGUCAUCCCGAUCGCCAAUCCUCCGACGUCACCCUGCUGCCGCCGCAAUCUCGCCGCAUCGCCGCAAUCGCCAUCUCGCCCUCACCCGACCGACCGACCGCCUAGUCCCAAUUGUGCGCCCAUCUCCACGGGCGCCCGCACGCCAGAGAAGGUGGCGGCACUCACCCUCAUCAGCCAGGCCGAAACCGAGCUCUCCCUCCAGCAGCAUCUGGAUCUCGCGCCUGAUCUACUCAACUACACCCGGGUCGUCUCCGAGGGGGACCCCGAACCCGUGAUGAUGGCACACUCGGUGCCUCAUCAGUCAACCGAUAGGAAACGUGUUAAGGUCUACGAACUUCGUAACAAUGACUGGUUCGACCGCGGCACCGGCUUUUGCACGGCCACGUACAUCCCGGUCGACGACGGGCAGAGUAAGGAACCCCGGGUCAUUGUGGAAUCUGAAGAUCAUCCCGACAGGCUUCUGCUCGAGACACGUAUCUGCAGAGAAGAUGGCUUUCAAAAGCAGCAAGAUACCCUGAUUGUUUGGACUGAGCCCAGCAAUGGCGUGGACAUGGCAUUGAGCUUCCAAGAAGCCGAAGGAUGCAGCUUGAUAUGGAAAUUCAUAAGUAGCAUCCAGCAGUCUUUCCAGACGAGUAUGGCGGGCCAAGAUGACAGUCUCUCUGACGACUUGGCCAUGGAUAUGCCCACAACCAUAUCCCUGCCUCCUGCCGACCUGAACAACCUUCAGGAAUUGGACAACAACAUGCGGAUUAUGAGCUCGUCUGCCGGCGGCCGGGAUGCACUCGCCAAGUACAUCAUGAACGAAGAUUACAUCAGGAAACUCAUUCCUCUUGUCGAGAUGGCCGAAGACCUGGAGAGCCUCGGCGAUUUGCAUCACCUAUGCAACAUCAUGAAGACUAUCCUCUUGCUGAACGACACCGGAACCAUCGAGCACGCCGUGUCGGACGACUGCGUGCUGGGCGUGGUGGGUGCAUUGGAAUACGACCCCGACUUUCCGAGUCACAAGGCGAAUCACCGGCAAUGGCUGAAUAACCAAGGGAGGUACAAAGAAGUUGUCCGAAUCCAGGACGACAUCAUUCGAAGAAAGAUUCACCAGACAUACCGGUUACAGUACCUGAAGGAUGUCGUCUUGGCGCGCAUCCUCGACGAUCCCACCUUUUCCGUGCUCAAUUCCCUCAUCUUCUUCAACCAGGUGGAUAUUGUACAGCAUCUUCAAGCCAACGUCGGAUUCCUGAACGAUCUUUUUGGCAUUUUCAUCGACCCUGGGGAGGAGCUCUUGCGGAAAAAGGAGGCAGUCCUGUUUAUUCAGCAGUGCUGCGCAAUCGCCAAGAACCUCCAGCCACCAGCACGCCUCACACUCUACAACAACUUCUUGUCCCAUGGUCUUUUGCAGGUCAUCAAUUUCGGGCUGCGGAAUCUUGAUGUCGCUGCUCGGGUCGGCGCGACGGACAUUCUGGUCUCCAUGAUCGAUCAUGACCCCCAGAUGAUCCGGCAGACAAUGUACCGGCAACUGCAGGAGAAACAACCACCUCUCACCGACACACUCAUCGAUCUCCUUCUUGUUGAGGUAGACCUCGGUAUCAAAUCCCAGGUCUCAGACGCCUUGAAGGUGCUACUGGACCCGACUCCGUCCGGCCAGGCUCAGGAGAACUUCGCCGCUAAGGCCAAUGGCGAGUUCGCGAACAGACCCCGUCCCCAGCAGCAGCCCAUCGAUGCCCAGCAAGAAUUGUUCCUCAAUUACUUCUACGAACAGUCCGCUCCGCGUCUGUUCAAGCCUCUUCUGGACCUGGAGGGUCGGACCGACCACAACUUCUCCCCUGUCGAGGACGGCAUUUUCAGCUAUCUAAACGAUAUACUAUGCUUUUACGUCCGGCAACACCACCACCGCAGCAAAUACUUUGUACUGACACAGAACCUGGUCUUGCGGUUCGCACAGCUGCUUGACUGUCAGCAGAAGCAUCUCCAACUUGUCGCCAUACGGUUCUUCCGUCAACUCGUCUUCCUCCAGGACGACUUCUAUUCCCGUCACAUUGCGGAGAAGCGGGUACUGGGCCCCAUUCUGGAUGUUCUGAUAAAGACACUGCCGCGCGACAAUUUGCUUUGCUCAGCAUGCCUCGACUUGUUCGAGCUCAUUAAGAAGGAGAAUAUUAAGGAACUCACGAUGCAUCUGGUCGACAACUACCGCGAGAAGAUGGAAAGAUUGGACUAUCUGGAGACGUUCCAGAGCUUGCUGCUCCGCGGCGACGUGCCCCAAGGCUAUGGAAACUCGAUGGACUCGUACUUUAAUGAAGGCGAGGAGGACACAUCCAAUGGCAGGCCAUCCAAUGUUGGAGUCAGAGGCCACAUGGAGCAUCUCGCAAUGGACCCGGAAGAGGAGGCCUACUGGAACACUUCGGAUGACGAAGACGAUGCCGACGUGAAGAAAGCAGGGCAAGCCACCGUUCCGAAUGGAGGAGAGCUGGCAUCAAAACCGCUGGUGGACUAUGCGUCGGACGAGGAUGCCGACGAGAACGGAGACUUGGAAAUGCCACCUGCCGAGACCCAGCCUGGCGCCGAUCAUGCCGAGGACGACUCUCUUAGCGACACCAGCACGACGUCCGUCUCGCCGCCCGAGCGCCUGUCGGAGAAACGACGGCGCGAGGAGGACGAGGAUGACGAGCUAGGCAAGUUGAUGCAGAACAAGCGCCGGCACAGCGGCUCCUCCGGCAUCAGCGCCAACAUGUCGGCCUUUCGAAAGAAGAAGGGCGGUGCCGCUGGGGGUGGAUCACCAGGUUCGGGGGGCGGAGGGCCGAAGAAGAUCUCCAUCAGCAUCUCCCCCGCGUUGAAAUCGUCAACGACGGGGCAACAGGAGGAAGAGGCAUCUUGA